AUGGAAAUAUUAAAAGGCAGUGUAACAAAAAUUGUGAAUACACAGCGAAGAAAUCCACUGAGCUACGAUGACGAUGGAAAGCCUUUUAGUUCUCUCUUCAGGAAGAACCGCGUCUCCUUCUACGAGGACCUGCGCACAGAGGCGGUGCUUUUAUUGGAGUUUGAAAAAAUCAACGAGAUUAUAAACAGCAUCGACUACUUGGACACCUUGAAGGAAAAGGUGCACGACAGAAAUGUGGAGAAAAUUAUCGAGCCCCUGGAGAUAUGCGUUCCAAGGGAGGGGAUACCAAAAGCCAGCGAUGGGGAAUAUGGCGAUCUGACAUACAAGGAUAAAUUCGAGGCGCUGAAAAAUAAGUAUGACGAUUUGAAGAAAAAUCUGGACACAAGGAUUCACAUGGAGCUGAUCAAGGCGGGAGUGUUCUACAACAAAGACGACAUACAAAACGUGCUCCAUAUGGUGAGGAAAUAUCAGGGGGAUCUCAAGACGAAAAAGAGCAUUAUAAAUGUUCAAAAUGGAAUCAUACAGAACGUCAUGGAGCGCAACAAAUUAAGCAGAAAUAAGCUUAUGGUUGAUAAAAAAAAAAAUGAGGAGCUCAUGAAAAUGUGCCGUACUUACUAUGAGCAGAACAAAAGCGCACAGAUAAGACUAAGAAAGCUGAAGCAUGCGUUCCUCGAAUAUAAGAUAGCCUUGGAGAGCAUCGUCUCCUGUUGCGAGAAAAUUGGAGCGGGAGUGUUCUACAACAAAGACGACAUACAAAACGUGCUCCAUAUGGUGAGGAAAUAUCAGGGGGAUCUCAAGACGAAAAAGAGCAUUAUAAAUGUUCAAAAUGGAAUCAUACAGAACGUCAUGGAGCGCAACAAAUUAAGCAGAAAUAAGCUUAUGGUUGAUAAAAAAAAAAAUGAGGAGCUCAUGAAAAUGUGCCGUACUUACUAUGAGCAGAACAAAAGCGCACAGAUAAGACUAAGAAAGCUGAAGCAUGCGUUCCUCGAAUAUAAGAUAGCCUUGGAGAGCAUCGUCUCCUGUUGCGAGAAAAUUGGAGGAGACAAAAUAAUUCUGAUGGACGUCGUGAAGUCUGCCAGGGCGCAAACGGACCUGUCAAUAGCCACCGACAUAUUGAACACCAAAAAAAUUCAGGAGCUGGAGAUGAACAUAUGCUACUGCGAGCAUCAAAUCAACAGCCUGAAGGACGAUUUGGACGCCAUGCUAGGGAAGUUACAAAAUGAGAAGAAAGAGAAACGGGAGGUGAUGAACCAGACACUGCAAUAUAAGGAGUACCUGGCGAAGAACAACGCUAUGCUUAUAGAGGCACUGGAAAACUUUCGUCGCGUGAUGAUCAGUGUGGAUGAGCAUCUCGCCAGGGAGGGUGACAGAAGUAAUUUCAAGGAGACCUUUGAGAAGAGCAAGAAAAAGUACAAUGACUUUGUGCGGAAGGCUGCGCAGAAGAACAAGGACCUCCAGCAAAUGGGGGACAAGCUUCUCUUGGAGAGUGCCUUGAGCGGACGCGAACUGAAAAAACACCAAGAGUACCUGAACAAGCAAAUAAGUGAAAUGAUAAAAAAAAAAGGCGUAGUAGAAGGAGGAGAGGAAAAACAAGGAGAAGAACAGAAGGGGCUCAAGAAUAGGGGCAACGUUGGAGAAGCAGAAAAAACGAACAACGAGGAACAGCAAGACAAGAAGCAAAACCUGGAAGGGGAAUCCUCCCAGGGGGCGAAAGAAAUAGCCAAUGAAAAAGAAACAGAACAAGCAGAACAGAAAGACGAACAGCCUACUCACGUGGAUGAAAGUCUGGAAGGGAAAAAAAUAAAUCAAGUGAUGGAGUUGUUGAAAAAGAAACAAAUGAAUAGGCUAUCAUUUGAGGACUGCGUGGAUGUCAUAUACAAGGCGAAUAUCCCUCUGACGCAGAGCAAGCUGAAUGAGCUGAAGGCAAUGGGCGAAGUAGACAAAGAAGACCUGGUUGCCUUCAUUAAAACUUUUAUAAUAGACGAGGACGAAGCCUUACAGAAUAUGAUUACCUUCUUUGAAAUUUGGGACGUCCAGAAAACGGGUUACAUGCACAAGGAGCUGAUUUUGUUAAUAUUGAAGCAGUUCGGGGACAGGCUCACGGAAGACGAAAUGGAAUAUUUGCAGGGAGAGGUAAAUGCCUUCAAGGAUUCUAACAUCUCGUACGGUGGGAUGGAGCAAGGUAUAUGUAAAAUGAGGCAUUUUAUAAACGCGCCAUUUAUAAAUGUGGCAGGGGUGACUAUCCCGUUGGAGAAGGAUCAUGAAAAAAAGGUCCACCCUAAUGGAUCCUCUGACGAGUUUGCAAAAAUGUGA